AUAUAAUAGUGUCUAAGAAUUUGUAAAUAUGAUUUUAAAAUUUUCCAUUUUAUUGCAGGAUUACCUAAGGCAGAGCGAGCAGCAACUCAACGAGCUGGACAAACACGGACAAGAGAAGAAGCCCUCCUCGAAGGUGGGGAGUCAACCGAGGUCAAAUAGUUCGCCCUCGAUGGAUUCCAAUAGAUUUGACGCUGCCAACGCGAUCAACACGCCAUGCUACGUGCCAGGAGGUGACAUACUGCCUAUUCUAGUGAGGAGCGAGCACAGCGUGAGUCCCUCUAAUGGAGACGCCUACAACACAAACAUCUACACGGUGGACAACGACAAUCCCCCGGAGAUGUGCGACAGCGCCUGCCAGACGAGGGAGAGCCUCUUCACCACCCAGGGCUACAGUUCGGGAAACAGCAGUCCCAACCACAGCGUGCACACCAACUCACCCCCCGCUCCCUUCAGCACCUUCGGCUACCAGAAGGACAACAAGUUCAAGGCGGAGGCCAAGAUCGAGAUGGUUCCCCAGGGGGGUCGCAAGAACAAAUACGACGACAUGCGGAGGCCGUACAGCGUCCAGACGACCAAGUCGGCGCCGGACGUCAUCGUCACGCACUGACAGUUGUUGCGCGCCGAGUGGGAGCCUUACAAGAGGAGGCACCCACGGCAAUUCCAAAGGACGAAUUCCACGGAGUUGUUCAGCGGCGGGGAAUGCUGCGAUCACAGUGAAGAGACUCAAACAUAUGACUCUGAUUUUUAUACGUAAUACAAGUUUAGAUCACGUUUCUUUAAUAAGAAGAAUAAGACAAAGACAGCUCCGGGUUUUGGUUCUUUUGUGUAUUUGACAAUCUGAGAUUUGUUAUGUAAUAGCAUUAUUUUAACUUUGCACACAUCUUAUGUACGAUGUUCUUGAUAGUAUCGGUGAAUAUAACAAAGUGUUAUUGGCAUCAACGAUUGGAUGAAUAUGGGGUAUUUUAAAAUAAAUUCUGAAAGGUUA